GCUCGCGAUGAAGGCUGCUACUUCGAAUUCAUCAAGUGUAGGCGUAGUUACAAGGAGUAUGGCUAAGAAACUGCAGGCAUCCUCCGAGACUAGCUCGACACCGCAAAUCAUUGAGAAAGGCUCAUCACCUCUCGUCAACACAGGUGAAGAUGUGGGAGGAUCUAGAGGAGAAGCUUCAUCAUCCACGUCCCGUUCGACAUCAAACUACUCUGAGGUGGCCCCCGUCAUGACAACACAUGCUACGGCCAUUGAAGGGCUAACAAAACACAUUCAAGAACAAGACUCCCAAAUCGCGAUAUUGAGGAACAAAGUUGACGGUAGUCACGACAUGGGAAAACAAGGUGAAAAUCACACCGAAGCUGAAACUUCUGCAAGGCGACAUCCAACCAACAGGGAGAAGAGCUCAGCUGAAGAAUUCCAGGUUUCGUCAGAGGGGUUGAUUCCUAUAGACCAAUUGAAGGAGUUCAUCAUGGGAACUAUCAAGAACAAAUUCGAUGAGGGUUCAAAAUCAUCGUCAACAUACACCAAGCCAUACACUCUAAGAGUAGACGACUUGAAGAUGCCAAUUGGUUACCAACCCCCGAAGUUUCAGCAAUUUGAUGGCAAGGGCAACCCAAAACAGCAUGUGGCACAUUUUGUUGAAACUUGCAACAAUGCUGGGACUUUUGGAGACUACCUCGUGAAACAAUUCGUUCGAUCAUUGAAGGGGAAUGCUUUUGAUUGGUAUACGGACCUAGAGCCGAACUCAAUUGACAGUUGGAGUCAAAUGGAGCAAGAAUUUUUGAAUCACUUCUACAGCACCCGAAGAACAGUGAGCAUGAUCGAGCUCACAAACUCUCGCCAGUGGAAAGAAGAGGCCGUCAUUGACUACAUUAACCGUUGGAGGAAUUUAAGCCUGAAUUGCAAGGAUCGAUUGUCAGAGCCUUCAGCUAUCGAGAUGUGCAUUCAAGGAAUGCAAUGGGGACUCCAAUAUAUCCUGCAAGGGAUUCAACCUAAGACUUUCAAAGAGUUGGCCACUAGAGCGCAUGACAUGGAGUUGAGCAUUAUGGCUAGUGGAGUUGAGGGACCACCAGUUCAAGAGCCUCGACAGUCCAAAGAAAAACAAGACUUUCGGAAGGGGGGUAGAGUUUUCUCUAAGACCUCAAGCAAAGAAUCUUUGGCAGUGAAUGCAACCCCUAUCAAAUUUCAAGGAAAAGUGAACGGAAACAAUGAGGAAAAACAAGAUUUUUCCCAAGAAAGAAGAAGACUUACUCUAAAAGAAAUGCAAGCAAGGGAAUAUCCAUUCCUCGACACCGAUGUGGCUGGAAUAUUUGACGAUUUGCUAGGUUUAAAACUUAUCGAAUUGCCUGAAAUGAAGCGCCCCGAAGAAGCUAACAAGACCGAUGACCCAAAAUACUGCAAGUAUCAUCGGUUGGUCGGGCACUCAAUUAAUGAUUGCUUCGUAUUCAAAGAUAAAGUUAUGCAGCUAGCUCGCCAAGGGAAGAUAUCACUCGAAGAGAUCAGCGCCACUACAAAUUUUGUCGUCACCACUUUUGAGUCCCUUGACAUGAUGACAACAAACGUACACAGAUGA